AUGAGGCUCUCCCAUUGUGAGAGCCACUGCGCCGGCCCCUUCCGCUUCAUCCCCUGCCUCCCCCAAUCCAAAGAUGCGAGCCGCGACGCUGCCUCUCCGCCAGCGCCGCGCCCGGCCGCCGUCGCAGAGGAGGAGCCGCCUCCGGUUCAGAAGAUAGAGGUGCCGGUAGCCGGAAAGGACGACGACGCUGAGAAGCGCGAGGGUGGCGAAAAACCGGCGGCGCCGGCGCCGGCGCCGGGUAAGAGUUGCCUGAAGAAAACCAGCUGCGGCGAUGACGAGUGUGCCGACAAAGGCAAUGUAAAGUGGCUGGAUUUGCUCGGGAAAGAUCUGACAGAGAUUAAGGAGUACGAGCCAAGGUAUAUCUCAUCUUUCUCCAUGAACUUGCCGCAGCUGUCCAUGAAUUUGGAAUCUUGGAUUAGCGUAGCGUCCGCUUGA